UUUCAAAUGGAGAGUAUAUCACCUAUUUGCAUAGAGGCACUUAUAAACAGGAUAACAUCAUACUUAAGUGGAAAUGUUUGUAAGAAUAUUUCAAUUGUCAAAGUGAACAAUGACAAUUUAGCAACAAAUGGUGAUUUACAUUUUUCACCUAGCCUUAAAGUAUGGGCAAGGGCUUUGAAAUGCACAGAGAAAUGUAAUGGAACAUGUGCAACAAUUUUGCAACACUUUCUGCAUGUACGUAACAAUGAUACAGAUAACAAAACCGGUGCAGAUAUUGCAAAUCAGGUAUUACAGUUGUUAAUAUCAUUUACUAAUAAUUGGUCAAUGAAAAUAGAAAAAUCUCUGCUGGAGAAAGAGAGAGUCUGUUUAUUUUUACAACGUACACCUCUAAUAGAAAAUUCAAUCAAAGCAGCUGUAAAUUGUAAAUGUGACUUUGGAAAAAUUUUAUCACAUAACAAGGUUUUUAGUUUGAAAUCACUUCAAGAUAAAGAAUCAGAACUGACAACUGCAAGAUUACACUUAAUACAAAGUGUCACUGAAAAAGUUUUAAAUCAAUAUGGGUGUGAAGUAUCAGAAGAGCAUUCUGAUCGUAAAUUUAUAUUUACCACCAAGUCACAAGGAAAUAUGGAAAAGAAUUAUGAGAAGUAUGUAUGUGGUGUUGUGAAAAAUACAGAAACAAAUUGUAAAGAGAUAAAUCUGAAAUGGCAGGAAUAUAUCAAAAACAAAGUUGAAGAAUUAAAAGAGCUAAAUGAACAGAAGUAUUUCGAAGCACAAGAAUGCACUAUGAAAGCAGAAGACUAUUUCCUAGAAAAGAUUGCACAAGCAACAGUUAAAUUUGAACUGCUGUCUGCAAAACCAAGUAGACCUGUUCUUAUUGGAUGCAAUUUUGCAACUGACAAAAGUCCCACAAAUACAAAAGGUGCAUCCUUUAUAUUAUAUAAUGCAGCAAGAAUAACAGCAAUUAUUGACAAAUAUAAUGACAAAAGGUUAAGAGGAGAAUAUCCUAACUUAGUACACAUUAAUGAUGUAGAUUUCUCUUUAUUGAAACAAGAGGAAGAAUGGGAACUUGUAUAUAACUUCAUUAUUGGAUAUCAAGAAAUGAUAAAAGAUUGCUUGAAAUUGGAUCCUAUUUUUCAAACAAAUCCACAAGUUAUAUGUAUAUUUCUAUCAAGACUAUGUCAAAAAUUUAGUAUUUAUUAUCACAGAAUUAGAAUUUUAACUGAAGCAUAUGAUCAUUUGAUUCCAACAAUGAUUGCAAGAUUGUAUAUGUUAUAUGCAUUACAAAUUGUGCUUCAAAAUGCACUUUCAUUACUUGAUAUUACCCCUGUAUCACGAAUGUAA